AUGGCGUCUUUUGCUACUGGAGCAUGUAUUCUGUUCGGGGUCUGGAUCAUUACCGAGCUUGCCAAAAUGGUGUACUUCACCAAGUUCCAUACUUUGAAGUCGAUCCCUGGCCCUUGGUUCCCGUCAUCAAGCUCGCUCUGGCUGCGCUGGCAACGAUGGCAUGGAAAGCUUUCAUUCACCGCUGACGAUCUUCUAUCAAGAUAUGGCCCGAUUGUUCGUAUCAGUCCCAAUAUGGUUUUACUGAACGACUCCGAAGCCUUGGCUCAAGUGUUUACUCGGAGAGACCUCGAUACCGCACCGACAGCCAUCCGCGCAUUGAGGGUUGGGGGUCACGACUGGACUGUGACAUAUCCGGAGCAUGAAAAAGCUCGUCAGCGUCGCAAUCCCGUUAUGACUGCCACUACUACUAGGAACCUUCGAUAUUGGCAGCCGCUCUUUGAGAGCAACAUUGCCGAGAUGGUGAAGGACUUGGGUGCCUCCAACGGCCAGAAAUCUGAGGAUAUUGUUCACCACCUUCGCAUUAACACUCUUCUCAACUCUCAGGUUGUUAUGGGUGGCUCACACGUCAAGCUAGACCCCUCCAGCUUCCCCAAGACCGUCGGCGAAUACAACUUUCUUGUUGUGUGGCGCCUAUGCUUGCCUGAAUGGAUUUUCAGCUGGCUGAGACUUGGACCGUUCGAGAAUGCUCGAUUCCGCGUCCGAUCCAGCGAUCUGCUUUUCAAUCUCGGGGAGGAUCUCUGCCUGCAGGCCGCGAAAGCCGAUCCCAUGGACCGCGACGAUGCACCAACCGUCUAUGAUCUCUUCACUCGACAGAACGAGAAGACGGGAGGGGUGGAUUGGAGCCACGGAGAAAUCAGUGCUGAGAUGGCUGGCCAGGUCCUUGCUGCAACCGAGACAACAUCAUCUGCACUCGCAUUCAUCUUCUACGAACUUGCGAAGAACCAGCCACUACUGGAAGAACUCUACCGUGAGAUCAAUGGCAUGGAUGGCUACAAAGAUAUUGAGUCGCUCAAAUUAUUGGAUGCUUGCAUCAGGGAGGGUCUCCGCUUCCGUCCUCCAGUCGCUUUCACCGGCAGUCGUCUGGUACCUAAAGGGGGGUUGAACAUUCUCGGAUACUACAUUCCUGAGGGGACAGUCGUUACCACACAGUCUCUGUCCCUGAGUCGCCAACGCCCUGAUCUGUUCCCCGAAUAUGAUUCCUUCGAUCCCAAGCUCUGGCUUGACGAGUCUCGACUUGACGAGCGUCGCAAGAUGUCGGCUCCAUUCGGAGUGGGCUCGCGACGUUGCCCCGGGGGCAACAUGGCAUACUGCCAGAUGCGACUCCUCAUUGCUGCCAUCGUUCGUGAAUUCGAGGUUCUGCUCGCCCCAGAAACUACGCCAGCUUCCAUGGAGCCGUUUGAGGCUAACGGUUUCCGCUCUCGUUACGAUGAAUGCUACUUGAUCUUCAAGCCCAGGAAAAUGGCCGAAGUGAUGUGA